GUAUCCGUCGCCAUCCUCCCGGGGCCCUUUCGCAGGACUCAAGAGUCGCCGCUCGGGGAUGGAGCGAUGUGCUCGGAUCCUCGGAGACGGCGGAUGGCGGGCUGAAGUGGAGCAGAAGAAGAAGCGGACCUUCCGCAAGUUCACCUACCGUGGCGUGGACCUCGACCAGCUGCUGGACAUGUCCUAUGAGCAGCUGAUGCAGUUGUACAGCGCCCGCCAGAGACGGCGCCUGAACCGCGGCCUGCGGCGGAAGCAGCACUCGCUGCUCAAGCGCCUGAGAAAGGCCAAGAAGGAAGCACCGCCCAUGGAGAAGCCGGAGGUGGUGAAGACCCACCUGAGGGACAUGAUCAUUCUGCCUGAGAUGGUCGGGAGCAUGGUGGGCGUGUACAAUGGCAAGACCUUCAACCAGGUGGAAAUCAAACCAGAGAUGAUCGGACACUACCUGGGCGAGUUCUCCAUCACCUACAAGCCUGUGAAGCACGGCCGGCCGGGUAUUGGUGCCACCCACUCCUCCCGAUUCAUCCCCCUCAAGUAGCCGAGGCCAAUAAAGACUGGUGGUUUUGGUCCCUGGA